AAAAGAUUGCCUGGCCUCUUCCAACAUGUCGCUCCAUACAUCGUAUUUGAUAUGUUUUGUCCUUCUUCAUCAACAAAACUAUUCCGCUAAACCUACCUGAACAAUUGCUUCACAAUCCUUCAACUUAACACUCAGCGAGAACAAUUCCCCUUACCCCUCGCGAAGAAGACCCAUCGCAAGUCAUUCGAAAGGAAUUAGCCUCCUUCAACGUAGCGACCUCGUCCUUCCACUUUCAACAAUGACAUCGCUAUUCCCACAUCCCCCCUAUGCAGAAGACCAGCCACUCUCCCACGAAAUCCUCUACCUCCAUGUCAUCCGUGCAGGCGCCAUGAUGGGCUCUGUUUUCCCCCUAAUAACCGCACCUUCAUCGUUGCUCGUCUCCCGCUACCGACACGCAACGGCGUUCAAUGCCUCUACUCUAAUACCUCGACUCCUCACACAUUCAGCACGUGGACUCGUCAUCGGGUCGAUCUUUGGAGUUGUUGCGACGUUCGCUCGAAUGCGAGGGAGGGAGGAAAUUGAGUGGAAAGACCGUUCGUGGAGGUUGAUUGAGAAUAAAGGGCAGGUUGAGCAGGAUUGGUGGACUUUAGAGGGAGCUGUGGUAGGCGUAAUUACAGGGGUAUUAGCUGCGAGACGAGGGAAGAUGCCGGUGGGAAUAGGGAAGGCAGUUUUGAGUGGUGCGGGGCUAGGGAUGGCUUCUGGGUUCCUAGGAAGUGUUGUCUGGAGACAAGGCGUUAAGGGUGGGAAAUUUGAGUAGGAGAAGCAGCGGAAGUGUUGUGGGGAUGAAGGCCGAUUAGCUUGGAAAUCGCUGGUCGAUGUAUACGGCAUGGUUGUGCGAAUUUGGUAAAGCAUGUCUUCUUCCUUCUCCACUUUCCAAGCAUUUCAAAAUCGACUCUUUGAUUGGUUAGACUAUACGUCAUCCCCGACUGAGCUCUGAAUAAACUGUACUUGAGCCCUUCACAAUCACUCAAGCUCCUGACUAGUCGACGAUCCUUCCCUAGUACAACUAGGUUUUGAAGAAAACCCGGGGUACAGCACGUAGAAUUAGC